UUAGGAGGAGCAUAUGCUUUGCGUGCCAAGAUGGAUUUCUGCAGACCGACGAAAACAAACAUGCUCUUACUGGGUGUGCUCUUCAUUGGGUUAGUGCAAGUCCUUUUUUCAUUGCGGGGCACGUUGCAGGCCGCUCAAGGAUUUGCGUCACCAAAUCACGACGUUGGCGGAUCAGUGGAUGUCUCUCCAGUCUCACCGGGACGGUGGUGUGCGGAGACGUGGUACCACAGCAGCCAGAUGGAGAAGGUUUUUCGACAAGAUGCAGAUCGGCUGACAGAGAAUGAAACUAUUUUGUGCGAUACUCUUAGACAGUUCCAGUACAUGGAUAUGUGGGAGGCUCCAAUCCGUGAGCGGACAUUCCGCAGGCCGGAAACGCUGGUUUUUUCCACGAUGUGCAGGCAAGGUUUUCAACCGCAGGUGUUGGAACCGCUGGCCGGCAUACUGCGAGAUCCACGCUUUCCGUGCGACACAGCCAAGGUUGGAAAUAAGGAUGCUUAUGCAGGGUCAAAGGAAUGGCUCCUUCUAGCAGACAGCGCAGAUUUUCCCCCCUACGAAGACACCAGGCGCAUCUUCUUCGACGCAGGCGGCACGACUUUCAGAUCAGCGCUGCUUUGGUUUUUGCGGCAGUACGAGACGAGGGGACUGCCUUUGGAUGAAAUAUUUGUUUGGGAGGCAAAGACUAUCUCAGAUGAGGACUACUGGGCAGGCGUUCCAAAUUCCACACGAGACCUCUAUAGAUCGAAGCUGACCCGGUUCAACGGCAUCCCGAUCGUAACGGAUCUUGGAGGGUAUCAUAACCCUGUGACCCAUAUACGCAAAAGAUGCCGUCGUCAAGAUUUUUGCGUGUUCAAGCUAGAUGUGGACACACCGUCUGUGGAGAUGCCCAUCGUGUACCAGCUCAUAGAAGACCCUGGCCAUUUGAGCGAGUUUUACUUCGAACACCAUGUGCGGUCUCCGAUCAUGAGCAGGUUUUGGGGUUUGACGAGAAUCAAUGGCACAGUGCAGUACAGCUAUGAUUUGUUGUCACAAAUGCGCCAGAAGGGAAUACGUGCACACUCCUGGAUCUAA